AUGACACCGUGGUCAAGCAAGAAGUCAGCUGGUCCCAAGCGUGGACCGUCUCCGAGCCCCAGCACCUCUCAUCCUCCCACCCAUGCUGCUCCACAAGGGUGGGGGGCCAAAGCUCUCAACCUGAGCGACAAGCUUGGCGGCAAGUUGAACGACUACACCAAUAAGUGGGGCAUUGAUUCGUUCUGGCCGACGACCGGGGACAUGCCGCGCAAGAUGGAGAAGGCGGCGCGCAUCCUGAAGAGUUUCACGAUGCCCGAUUCCGAUCCUGACUCCCACGCCCCAGCGGCACCCGUCCGUAUCCCACCGUCUGUCAUUGCCAACGCCCGCGGCAUCGCGAUCUACUCCUGCUUUCGUACAGGCUGGGCACCUGUCGGUGGUGGAGGCGGCUCCGGGGUGGUAGUGGCGCGUCUUCCCGAUGGCUCGUGGUCGGCACCCGCGGCGAUCUGUCCCACUGCCGUUGGGGCUGGCAUGCAGAUUGGCCUGGACGUGUACAGUGCCGUGCUGGUGAUCCGAAGCGAGAAAGCCCUCGCCCAGUUCGGAGGGCACCGCGUCGCACUGGGCGGCGAGAUCUCUGUCGCGGCCGGUCCAUACGGUGGCGGUAAAGGCGUGGAUAAGGGGCUCAAUCUCGAUACGGGGCCAGAAGUUUACGCGUACAUGCACAGCCGAGGGGCGUACUUUGGCCUCGAGGUCGUGGGAACCGUCUUCGUCAGCCGCGGAGACGAGAAUGCCAACAUGUACCACUGGCCUGGCAUCAAGGCGGGCGAUAUCCUCAAGGGCAAAGUGCGCGUCCCCCCCGAGGCGUCGAGUCUCAUGCAGGCUCUUCGUGCGGCGGAAACGGGUGUUGCCCAGUGUCCGAACGUGGCGGCCUACGGCCCUGGAUUCAGCACUGGCGGCAUGAGUGCCUCCCACGAGGGCGGACACAGAUUCAGUGCAUACGACAAUGACAAGGAGACAUUACACAACGCCGACAUCCCGAAGGGCCCAGCUCGCCGCGUCCUCAACUUUCGCCUCUAA